GCGGAGUAUAAAGAAAAGAGCCGCGCACGCUGUGUUCUCUCCUCUGCUUCCUUGAGUGUCAGUGUUGGGGGAGAUCAGCUGUAUCUUUGGCGAUUAAAUUAAAUUAAAUUAAAUAAAAUCAUCGAAACUAUCCAAGAUGCCUGAAGAAAUGCGCCAAGAGGAGGAGGCCGAGACCUUUGCCUUCCAGGCAGAGAUCGCCCAGCUGAUGUCUCUCAUUAUCAACACCUUUUAUUCCAACAAAGAGAUCUUCCUCAGGGAGCUUAUCUCCAAUGCCUCUGAUGCUCUUGACAAAAUCAGAUAUGAAAGUUUGACUGAUCCCACCAAGUUGGACAAUGGAAAGGACCUGAAGAUUGACAUUAUCCCCAACGUUCAUGAACGCACCCUUACCAUUAUCGACACUGGUAUCGGAAUGACCAAAGCCGAUCUCAUCAAUAACUUGGGUACCAUCGCAAAGUCUGGGACAAAGGCCUUCAUGGAGGCUCUUCAGGCUGGGGCAGACAUCUCCAUGAUUGGGCAGUUUGGAGUGGGCUUCUACUCCGCCUACCUGGUUGCUGAGAAGGUCACAGUCCUCACCAAGAACAACGAUGAUGAGCAGUAUGUCUGGGAGUCCUCCGCUGGUGGCUCGUUCACAGUCAAGGUUGAUCAUGGUGAGCCCAUCGGCCGUGGAACCAAAGUUAUUCUUCACCUGAAAGAGGAUCAGACUGAGUACAUAGAGGAAAAGAGGGUGAAGGAGGUGGUCAAGAAGCACUCUCAGUUCAUUGGAUACCCAAUCACACUCUUUGUUGAGAAAGAACGAGACAAGGAGAUCAGUGAUGAUGAGGCAGAGGAGGAGAAACCUGAGAAAGAGGAAAAGGAAGGUGAAGACAAGCCCAAGAUUGAAGAUGUGGGCUCGGAUGAUGAAGAGGACUCCAAAGACAAGGACAAGAAGAAGACCAAGAAGAUCAAGGAGAAGUACAUUGACCAGGAGGAGCUGAACAAGACCAAGCCCAUCUGGACUAGAAACCCUGACGACAUCUCCAAUGAAGAGUAUGGCGAGUUCUACAAGAGCUUGACCAACGAUUGGGAGGACCACCUGGCAGUCAAGCAUUUCUCCGUAGAGGGUCAGCUGGAGUUCCGUGCUCUGCUCUUCAUUCCUCGCCGUGCUCCCUUCGAUCUCUUUGAAAACAAGAAAAAGAAGAAUAACAUCAAGCUGUAUGUCAGAAGAGUCUUCAUCAUGGACAGCUGUGAGGAACUCAUCCCAGAGUAUCUCAACUUUAUCCGUGGGGUUGUGGACUCUGAAGAUCUGCCCCUAAACAUCUCCAGAGAGAUGCUCCAACAGAGCAAGAUUCUCAAGGUCAUCCGCAAGAACAUCGUCAAGAAGUGCCUGGAACUCUUCGCUGAGCUGGCAGAGGACAAGGACAACUACAAGAAGUUCUAUGAUGCGUUCUCCAAGAAUCUGAAACUCGGCAUCCAUGAGGAUUCUCAGAACCGCAAGAAACUGUCAGAACUGCUGCGUUACCAAAGCUCUCAGUCAGGUGACGAGAUGACCUCCCUUACAGAAUAUGCUAGCCGUAUGAAGGAAAACCAAAAGUCCAUCUACUACAUCACUGGUGAGAGCAAAGAUCAGGUCGCUCACUCUGCUUUCGUGGAGCGUGUGUGCAAGAGAGGUUUUGAGGUGUUGUACAUGACCGAGCCAAUCGAUGAGUACUGCAUACAACAAUUGAAGGACUUUGAUGGCAAGACUCUGGUAUCAGUCACUAAGGAGGGGCUGGAGCUUCCUGAGGAUGAGGAGGAGAAGAAAAAGAUGGAGGAAGACAAGGCCAAGUUUGAAAACCUCUGCAAGCUCAUGAAGGAGAUUCUGGACAAGAAAGUAGAGAAGGUGACCGUAUCAAACAGGCUGGUUUCCUCACCCUGUUGUAUCGUGACCAGCACUUACGGAUGGACGGCCAACAUGGAGAGGAUCAUGAAGGCCCAGGCCCUGAGAGACAACUCCACCAUGGGCUACAUGAUGGCCAAGAAGCACCUGGAGAUCAACCCCGACCAUCCCAUCAUGGAGACCUUGAGACAGAAGGCUGACGCAGAUAAAAACGACAAGGCCGUGAAGGAUCUGGUCAUCCUCUUGUUUGAGACAGCUCUGCUCUCCUCUGGAUUUUCGUUGGACGAUCCUCAGACACACUCCAACCGCAUCUACAGAAUGAUCAAACUGGGAUUGGGUAUUGAUGAGGAUGAAGAUGUGCCUGUUGAAGAGCCAAGCUCCGCCCCUGCUCCUGAAGAUAUGCCCCCUCUUGAAGGAGAGGAUGACGCCUCCCGCAUGGAGGAAGUCGAUUAAACACUGCUGAUGCAAUUUUCCUCAAUCAUUCCGUAUCGUUCCUGUCAUUCCCUCUUUGACCUGUUGAAGGUUAACCUGGUCUCAGAAGUGAUUCAAAAGAAUCCUAAUGUAUAACUCAUACUGUCAGCUUUUGCUCUGUUUUGAGCCAUAAUGUACUUAAGUGUGUUUUUUGGUUUAAGAAAUGUCAAUGGAUUAAUAGGUUGCUGCAGUAUUGUCUGGGCACAAUAAGCACUGUGUUUCACUGAUACUGAGGCUGUUGGCUGUGCUGGAUUGAAUCGAGCAUGAUUUCUUUCUGCAUGGAAGGGAAAGACUUUUUGCCUGAGUACAGGUGUGUUUUGUCUUGUUUUUCAGAAAUUAAAACACAUGGUGAAACCUUC